AUGGUGAUGCUUCUUCAGGGUGAUAUAGAUGCAAACAGAUCAAGCAACACACAGUCUCCUCCGAUGGCUGGCGAACUGCCCGCGACAAGGGUCCAAGGCAUGUAUAGGGUCCCGGUUGUGCUUCGUGUACAAAAUGAGGACGCCUAUCGUCCAAGCUUCGUAUAUAUUGGGCCUCUUAACGGUUGGAGAGGAGGUGUAAUGGAGAUGGAGGCGGUGAAAAAGAGGUAUAUGGGUGAGCUACUUGAGCGAAAUGGAACACUUGCAAAUGAGCAGAAUAAAUGGGUAGACAUGUCCGACCCAAUUUUGCAGAACCAUUUGAAGUACAAUCAGAAGGCACCGAUAUGGUACAAACACAAAGAGAAACCUACAUUCAAAUACAGUGCAACAAAACUCCAGAGUGUAGAAGUCAAAGCUCAUUUUAAAAUUCCACGUUUCUCUAUCAAUGAAUCUACUGAAUCAUUAUUGAGAAACCCCAUUGCUUUCGAGCAUUGUUGUCCCGGUAUUGACAACUACUUCACAUCACAUGCUGUCACCAUGAGCAUCCUCUUGGACCCUGCAGAAGAUGUUAAAUUGCUUGAAGAAGCCGGAGUCAUAAGUAACCAGUUAGGUUUCGGUGAAGCGGUGUCAGAACUCUUCAAGGAUAUUACCAGCGAUGAAAUCAUUGUAAGAAAUCAAAACCUUCUUUAUAAGGAUCUGUGGAUGCAGGUGACGGAUUUUUGCACACCUUGGUGA